AUGUGUUCAAAUAAUGAUUUAAGAUUUAAAUCAUCUCCAUUUUAUAAUGUUGUUGAAAGAUUAUCACUGACCAAAAUAUGUUCUGUCAAUGAAAUUGUUAAUUUGGAUUUUGUUCUUGAUUCUAAUCAAAUUGGAAAAUUAAAGUCAAGUUCCAAUUAUAAGAUAAACUUAUUUUGUUGCUAUGCUGAACAAAAUUUACAAAAAGAAUCAUCAAUUGAAUUCCCUGAUUCUUGUAAAGUUAGAGUCAACAAUAAAAUGUUGCCUUACAAAAAGAGCAAACAAUCUCCUCGAGAUAUCACAGAUUUAUGCAAAAUAACUUCUUCACAUGUAAAUCAAAUACAAUUUAGAUUUAUAACUACUUCAAAGGUGAUUGAAGAAAUUGUUGAUGAAAUUAAAAAUGGAAAAUUUAUUGAAAAGGAUGCUGUUUUAGAGAAAAUUAAAAAACAAAUUCAAGAUCCUGAUGUAGUUGCAACCUCAAGUAUUAUAUCAUUAAAAGAUCCGUUAGGACAAUGUAGAAUAAGCACGCCUUGUAGGUCAAUCCAUUGUAACCAUAUACAAUGUUUUGAUGCCAACUUGUUUUUUAAAAUGAAUGAGCAACUCCCUACAUGGAAAUGUCCAGUUUGCAACAAAUUAUUAAGUUCUUGGGAGGAUAUCGUGGUCGAUGGCUAUUUUAAUGAAAUUCUAGCCAAAACUACUAAAGACCAAGGAACAACAAUUGUAAUUGAUUCAAAUGGUAAUUGGACAGAAUCUAAAAAAACUUGCAAACUUCACGAGAUUGAUGAACCUGAUGAUGUCACGUUUAAUAAACAUUCCCGGAAUAAAAAAAGAAAAAAGGAAAAAAACUUUUUUGUCAUAGAUUCAAGUGAUGGCGAAGGCGAGAAAAAUAAAUCAAUUUUUAUCGAUCUAACACAAAAUAGUGAUGAUGAAAAAGAAAAGGAAAAAACAAAUGUUAGAAAUAUUCAAAAAAGCAGCUGCUAA